AUGUUUGCUCUGCGUUCUGUCCGUGCUGCUGUGACGCCUGUGCGCUCUGCUGCGCCGCUGACCGCGCGUGCGACGUUUUCCACGUCGCUUCCCCGCCUGUCGCCUGCUGCGACCGAGGCCUACACCAACAUCCAGGUGUCGGACCCGAAGGAGGGCGUGCGUCUUAUUACGCUGAACCGCCCCAAGGCGCUGAAUGCGCUCAACUCGCAGCUCUUCCACGAGCUGAACGACGCUGCGAAGCAGGCUGACGAGGAUGCUCAGAUCAACGCGAUCGUCAUCACUGGCAGCGAGAAGGCCUUUGCGGCCGGCGCCGACAUCAAGGAGAUGAAGGACAAGACCUUUGCCGAGGCGUACAAGUCCAACUUCCUUGGCCACUGGUCGCAGCUUACGCAGGUGCGCAAGCCGAUCAUUGCCGCGGUCAACGGCUACGCCCUGGGUGGUGGUAACGAGCUUGCGAUGAUGACCGAUAUCAUCCUCGCCUCGCCGACCGCCGUCUUUGGCCAGCCCGAGAUCAACCUCGGUGUGAUCCCUGGUGCGGGCGGCACGCAGCGCCUUACGCGCGCUAUCGGCAAGAGCCGCACCAUGGAGAUUGUGCUCACCGGCCGCAACCUCACCGCUGAUGAGGCCGAGGCCGCUGGCCUCAUCUCGCGCGUCGUUCGCGAGGGUUCGGUCGUGGACGAGGCUGUGGCGGUCGCCUCGCGCAUCGGCAAGAAGAGCCAGAUCGCGAUCCAGGCUGCAAAGGAGGCCGUCAACUCUUCGUACGAGCUCUCGCUCGCCGAGGGUAUCCGCCUCGAGCGCCGCCUCUUCCAGUCCCUCUUCUCCACCCACGACCAAAAGGAGGGUAUGGCUGCCUUUGCCGAGAAGCGCAAGCCCGACUUUACCAACAACUAG